ACACUGCAUUUCGAGGAAGUGUUGGCUGUGAAUGUGAAUCCUGCAAUAAAUUAUUCGAUUUAUUUGAAAAUAUUCCUGCGAUAGAAUUAAAAAUUGUGAUGUGAUUUUUCGAGGGGUGUCAAAAUGCUCAACGUGAAAAUACGCUUCUUGCGCGAGGCUCCACAGGUAGAACAAAACCUUUAAUACAGGCACUGUCACCAUAACAAUACUCCAUUAUGCCACUUCCGAAAAGAGUGAUCGAACCAGUUCACAUCACUAGGGGCACCCUCCCUGAAGACUUCCCCCUUCCUUCGGAACUCGAGGCUGUCACAAAUGGAACGUUGGCGAACACAGUACGUCAGCUGUCUUCCCUAUCGAAGCAUGCAGAAGACUUGUUCGGAGAAUUGGCCAGGGACGCACAGCAACUUUACGACCGAUCCAACUCGCUGCAGGCGAGAAUAGAUAGGUUGGCGAUAAAAGUGACCCAGCUGGAUAGCAACGUGGAGGAGGUAUCUCUGCAGGACAUCCAUAUGAGGAAAGCUUUCAAGAGUGCUGUGGUCUUUGACCAGCAGAUAUUCUCCAGAGCGACGAUGCCUACAGCUAUGUUGGAAACAUACAAUUCGUGCGAUAAGCCACCACCGUUGGAUAAGCUGAAUUGUUACAGAGACGAUGGGAAAGACGGGUUGAAAUUCUACACGGAUCCUAAUUACUUCUUCGAACUGUGGCGGCAAGAGAUGCUGAUCGACACCGAAAGGAUGAUGCACGACAGGGGAAAGAAGCCGCACAGGCCUAGAACGGCUGGGGGCGAGGGUAACCGACACAAGAAGGGCGUGAGACGGCCCCACAACACGCGGGAGAGACAGAAACAGAUCGCCAUGGGACACGGGGAGUACAUCAUGCCUCAAAACAGCAUUUACAGGACUCCGCAACUACAGAUUCAACCGAUGCCAUUGACCGAGGAGAUCAUGCAGGAACAGAGACCUCCUCGACCUAACUCGAUCGAGAUACGUAGAUCAUAUCAGCAAGAAGUGACUGAUGGCUUGCCAUCUCCGACAUAUCCACGAUACGAUGAAAAUCCCUAUCAACAAGGCAUGUAUGGGCAGGGUCCCUUGAGCUCCGAGUCUUUGUACCAGAGCAGUACGCCCACUAGGUCGAGUAAGGUUAGACCGAGUCAGCCUCCCCCAGCGCCUCCGAGUAACAGCAGCACUCCUUCGGCUAAUACCCCGACGAGGAGUAUUCGAGGUGUGGCUACUGGUCGGGAUACCUUACCACCUCCUCCACCACCACCGGAAACCACCAUGUCACCACCCAAUGGAAUUCCACCCCACAUAGCUAGAUCGCAGAGUCAAUCCAGAUCGAACAGUCCGCAUUCCCACCAGGGUACCCCGGAACCCAAUCAAGAUCUACCUCCUCCACCUCCGAUCCCCAAACAGGCGUCGCCUCCGAAGGCUCAAACUCCGGUUCAAGCCUCUCCACCACCUCCACCCCCACCCAUGCCUCUCAGCAUAAUGACGAAUGGGGCAGUUAACCUUCCAUUGGUUAACGGGGACCUGGCAAAGAUCCUCCAGCAGUCUCCACCGAAAUUGAACCCGGUGAAGGAUCGACCGGUCCAGAAGCAGCUCCCUCCGUUGGACAACCCCAGAAACGACCUACUCAAGGCCAUCCGCGACGGUAUCAAGCUGAGAAAAGUGGAGAAGAUCGAGCAGAAGGAAGUGGAACGUCACGACGUAGCCAGCAUUUUGGCCAGAAGGGUGGCCGUGGAAUUCAGCGAGUCGGAGUCCGGGAGCGACUCCGAGGACAGCGAGGGUUGGGGGGACAACGAAACGUCGGCGUGACACAAACGGAAGGCUAGCAUGUCUAGCCAAGUUUACGGAUGAAGUUACAACGAAUGUACAGUGGAUGAAAGAGAGAGAGGACUUGGGCGAAAAGAAGAGCCCAAGUCUGCCGGCAUGCUUUCGGGGUUACUCCAAAGAUGAUGACUACGGAAUCAAAAUGUUUUUAGUAGUUUUGUAGACGUGCAUGAUUUGCAAUAACGGCCACGUUCUUCAAAUGUCGCUGUGUAGGUUUAAAAAAUUAUUUAUUAUCACUUCCACUUAACGUAAAUUAAUGUUCAUUGACCAUAAUCGAUAUACUUCGACAUUGGUACAACGUAUGACAUUUGUACGAAUAUCAAUCAAAAAUGUAGACCAGAGUAAAACGUUCAUCUUCUCUAAACUAUUUUGUGUUCUGCCAAAGAGUAACGAGACUCUCUGGUUUGGCUUUAUGAAAAAUCACAGAAAUAGUUGACAUUUGGCUGGUAAACCACAGUUGUCGUCUCUGAACAUAGAUUCUGGUGUACCAGGGACGGAAAAUAUGAGUUUUUAUAGAGUACAAUAUUUUCAUACUUUUGUAUAUAGUGUACUAGACUUCGUUGUUGAGUUUUCCAUUUUAUUCUGAUUUGUUAAUAUUUUAUCGACUCCGAAAUUAUACAUAUAGUGUAAUGUGCGAAAUUAUUGCUUGAUUGUCUGUUUUUGGAACGUGUAUAUUUAUAGCCUGCUGUAAUGCCAAAACUCAGUAUUAGAAAAGACCUAAUACUUAUGUAAUGUAUCUGUGAAAUUUUAUAAUUUGGUGUGAAAAUGCUGUAUAUAUAUUAUGACUUACAAAAGGCCCCUUUAUCGAAAGAAAUUUCAAAAAUAUACUUUUCCUCUUUUUCUAUUAUACCAAAAAAAUGCUUCAGUCUUAUUGUAGAGUUAAUUAUUUUGGUGUUCCCAUUAAACAUUAUAACGAAUACAAAGUACAAUAAAAUAUUUGUCGGGUGUAUUGUGCAACGUGAAAUUUUAAUUGAAAAGUGAAUGUUACCCUCGAUUCGGAACUGAAAGUAAUGUUGAAAUUUAUACUAUCCAUAGUAAUACUCAUUUUAAUAUCUGUUACAAUUUGUAAAAUAUAUAGUGGGAAUAAAAAAUAUUGAAUCUAAAA